AUGCUCAGGACAGCUGCUUUCAGUUUCCGCAGCUUUUCAAGACCUCUUCUUGUUUCAAGACCUUGUCUAAGACCAUUCUCUACUAAUAUUCGUCUCGAGAUGAGCUCUCCAAGCUGGAACCCUAAGUUAACUGCUGAACAACUGCUGGUUUUGCGUGAUAAGCACACAGAAAGACCACACACAGGUGCUUAUCUGCAUAACGAAGAAUCUGGGACGUACCACUGUGCCAAUUGCAACGCUCCCCUCUACAAGAGCGAUACUAAGUUUGACUCCCAAUGUGGCUGGCCGUCUUUCUAUGAGGAGGCCAAGAAGGGCGCGAUAACGUACCAUAAGGACAAAACAAUGUACAUGGAGAGAACGGAAAUAUGUUGUGCGAAUUGUGGUGGCCAUUUGGGCCAUGUGUUUGAAGGGGAAGGCUGGAAGGAGCGCUUGGGCUUGCCGCAGGACGUCAGGCAUUGUGUGAAUAGCGUAUCCUUGAAUUUCACCAAGAAAGAGGGGAAGUGA